GAAAAAAUGAUGACGCUUAUUGUUGUUUUUCCUGUUUAAUUAAUUGUAUUUGUAUAGACUUUGGCUUUUGGUUUGUUCCGUAUGAAUAGAUUAUAUUGAACGAACCCUUGUGUAUAACAUUAGUUUAAAUGUACUAAACACUAGAUAACUAAAAUAUUUUAUCAUUAAUUUUCAUUGCCUUUACAAACCAGUCUAAAUGUUAUAACGGAUCCCAUAUUUACUCGUACUUGUCAUUUAUCAAAAAUUCCAAAGUAGCAAAAUGGAUUGGUUUUGUGGUGUGUAGGUUUUAAAGGCACUUAGGUCACUGGAAAAACUAAGAUGUUACUAUAAUCACAUUCAGUUGACUACUUUGCCCACGUAAUCUAUUUCUUAAAAUGGUCAUCCAGUACUUUGUUGGAUUGUAUGAAUAGAGUAGUGAACGAUAUUCAUUCAGACUUCACAGCUGACGUAACUACUUGCAACCACCGUAUCUACAUUUUUGUACAUACAGGACUUCUCAAGUUGUGUAUGGUGUUUAGUGACUGGAGGUAAUCUACAGGAAUUACUGAACCCCGGAGUAAUGCUGUCUGACGCUUAAACGAGGGACAUCUUCCGUCUUGGAGUAACUUCAUGUGACAAUCUAGAACACUGAGUUAGUCAUAAAGAGAACAUCAGUCUCCCUAAGACUGAAGAUACGUCUUACUUAAGAGCGUUAACUGUCUUAGAACUUAAACACAGUGCUUCUUUCAAGUUGCCUCUAAUAUCAAAGUGAAAUGCACUGUGAAAUCGAUUAAUUUUGACAAUUAUUAACAUUGGAACCUGGCCGUCAAAAUUCAUCAAACAUUCAGUACUAGAUAACAUGACAUUGAUUACUGCUAAGUAACUAAUCAGUCUACGCUGCGUAAACAUGUUCGGUCUUUAAUUAGUGCAAUUUGAUUGUUACAAUUACUCCAUAGAAACCUUAAACUAGUCUGAAGUUUAUUCUUCCAACUAAAACUUGUAUGGUGAAGCAGUGGCUCAGUUGUAAUAGUGUUUAACUUUCAGUCACCCAUGGGUUCAAAUCCUCCUACACUUCGGUCUAGGAAGUCGAAUCAUAUCGCUAGCCGUCUCCAAAUGUGAUUCAAAUUCAUUGACAAAAAUUUGUACUCGGAUUAUGAGCUAAUACUAAUGAUAUAUAAUUGACCUUUAUUUAUUUUAUGAUUAUUUGUUUGAAUGGAUUAAAGCUUGAUUUGUGCACGUUAUGCAAUGAAAUUAAUAUUAUUGUAGCCUGAUUUCUACGCAGUAGUUGUCCGUUUGUACAUUUUCAGUCCACUAGCAUACAUAUUGAAAUUUGCGUGUUCUUUAUAUGUUUUGAUCAUAGUAAGAAAGCAAUCUCAUCAAAGCAUACAAAUGCAGGCCUAUACAGAAUUUCCAUUUUCGACAGAUUAAUUAAAGUACAUAAAGCGCAUUUUCCAAACUGAUGCUUCCAAUCAAAAAGCAAACCUAUAAAUAGUACCCUAGUUUCACUUCUAAUCUGAAACUACUGGUAAUAGUAGUAACAUAUGAUACUUCAUAGUUUACAUCACUGACUGACUUUAGACAACUAUUCUAAACUAGGCAACACUGGACAGCUGUUUCGUUCUCAUGAAAAUCCUCAGACAGUUCUUAAUGCAGACUUUAAAACUUAAAAAUCAAAAAAUCCCCCACACUGAUUAUAUAUAUAAUAUCAAGUCCUACCUUCUUUCAGCAUGUAACACUAUUUCAAUUCAUUCAUUAUAUCCCUUCUUUAUUUCCAUAUAUAUACGGUGUGUGCAUGCGUGCGUGCUCGGAUUUGAUAACUAUCAGUUCUAUAAAUGGAUAUCCGACCAAAUCACACGUUGUAUGUGAAUAAUCUAAAUGACAAAGUAAAGAAAAACGAUUUGAAAAAAGCACUAUAUUAUAUAUUUGGUCAACAUGGUCGACUAAUUGAUAUUAUAGCUAUGAAAACAAUGAAAAUGCGUGGACAAGCAUUUAUUAUCUAUCAAGAUAUUGCUUGUGCAACGCAAGCUUAUCGUUCAUUACAGGGAUUUCAGUUAUUUCAACGACCUAUGCGAGUAACGUAUGCUAAAAAAGACUCGCAACAAAUUAUCUGUUUGAAAGGUGUCAGUGCUGAAGUUCAAAAGAGACGUGAAGAAGAACGCGAAAAACGUAGACGAAAGAAAAUGGCACAACGUGCUGCAGCGGUAGCAGCGGCUUUACAAGCAGCUAAUCAAUCAGUAAAUGGUCCAGCGGGUACCGGUGGAGAUAUCAAUGCAUUGUUAGAUCAACCAAAUCAUAUUUUAUUUGUUAGCAAUUUACCAGAAGAAACUACUGAUGCUAUGCUUACUAUGUUAUUUAGUCAAUUCUCGGGAUUUAAAGAGGCUAGACGCGCUGCUGGUGGAGUUGGCUUUGUCGAAUAUGAUACUGAAUCACAAGCUGCUGCUGCGCGAUCUGCUUAUGAAGGAUUUAAACUGACACCGACUCAUGCUAUGCAAAUUACAUUUGCUAAGAAAUAA